AUGUCUCUCUCGUGCCCUUCCUAUCUAUCCCCCCCCGUUAACCACCCUCCCCCCCCUCCCCCCUCUUUCUCCCUUCCUCCCCUUCCUCCCCUUUCUCCCGUUCCUCCCCUUCCUCCCCUCUCCCCCCCCUCCCUUCCUUCCCACCACAGGCAGGCCCUGCAGCAUCUCUCGCAUCUCCUCCCGGACCCCGCCACCCUACUUCUCUCCACCAACCUGCUUUUCCACGCCAACACACAUCCUCCCCCCACGUUCUUCAUUUAUCUGUCUCUCGCCCCCCUUCUCGCCCUCCACCACAGGCACGCCCUGCAGCACCUCGCUCGCCUCCUCCCCGACCCCGCCGCCCUGCCUCUCUCCACCGGCCUGCUCUUCCACCUGCUCUCUCACGCCUGCCUCUGCGCCAUGCCACGCUCCUCCCUGCUCUUCCUCUUCCAACCUGCCGCUCACCGCCUCACGAGAGAUGUUGGAUUGGAGCAGCAUCUGCUGCCCCCCCCCAUCCCCCAUGUCCAUGUAGGAUGCAGGAAGAGUGAAGAUGGAGGCUCAUUGUGGACGGGGUAA